UUCGGCGUACGCGAAGCCGUCCGGAGCAGCAAUUUCGAAAACGUAUGAAGCAGAUAACCGAUGCCAUAAAAUGUUAUUACAAACAAUAGGAUAAAAUGAGAAACGUUGCAGCGGCGCUGUUUGUUAUUCUCACCAUCUUCAAAUUAAGGGCUGCUAAAUGUUUCGUGUCGUCGGUGCUUUGCUCGCGUAUACCAGGACUCACACAAACCCAGCGUCAAAUAUGCACAGAAUCCUCCGAUGCUGUUGUAUCUUUAGCAUCGGGUCAAUUGUUAGGGGCAAAUGAAUGUCAAAAACAGUUUUACGGUCAUCGAUGGAACUGCACUCACGUAUGGAAUAAUGAUAUGCUCGGACAGAUAAUAGUGAUAGGUUCAAAAGAGGCUGCAUACACUUAUGGUAUAACAAGCGCUGGGGCAGUAUACUCCAUAACUGCAGCAUGCGCUAAAGGAAACAUAACAACGUGUGGUUGUGACACGAAGCAAAAAAGUUUUUCUUCCAGCGAGUCUGAAAACUGGAAAUGGGGAGGUUGUUCCGUGGACAUUGGCUAUGGUAUGCGGUUUGCAAAAAAGUUUCUCGAUGCCCGUGAAAUAGAAAACGAUAAUCGCAGUCUCAUGAACCUGCACAACAACCGUGUCGGAAGAAAGAUAGUGAAGCUUCUUUUACGAACUGAAUGCAAAUGCCACGGCGUAAGUGGAUCCUGUGCCAUGAAAACAUGCUGGAAAAGUCUGCCUUCCUUUCAUGUUGUUGGUAGCACUAUGAUGAAAAAAUAUCGUAAAGCCAAGUUAGUACACGGAAUCAACCUACGCAAUAAUCAACUUCAACUCGUGCUGAAACGGAAGGGCAACAAACUGCAACAAAACAGUGGAAAAAUUCUGAAUGAUAAUCAAAUUCCAAAGAGAACGGAAUUAGUCUAUCUGGAGCCAUCGCCAAAUUAUUGUGAGCGUAAUAUCAGUAUCGGUGUUCUGGGCACAACAGACAGAAAUUGCAACCGUACUUCCACUUCCAUGGAUCGCUGUGACCUACUGUGCUGUGGUCGAGGCUAUAAUACGCAUCAGAUCGACCGGACAUGGCAGUGCAACUGUAAAUUCAAAUGGUGUUGCACUGUUACGUGCGAUGUUUGCUCCGAGCGAAAGGAAGAGUACACUUGUAAAUAAUUUAGUAUUAGCAAAGAUGAAAUAAAAUUACAGUUUUCCAAUACUGAAA